AUGCAGGUAUGUAACUAUGUAGUAUUAUAAUAGAUUUUUGAGUUAUUCAAUAUUGACUAAAUAUUGAUAUUAUUCGUAUAUGAAACCGUAUUUAUUUGUAUUAAACAAUUAAAUAUCCCCCUUCUUUGUCUCUGGUUUUGUACUAAGUUAUGUAGUCUCAAUGAAAUUCAGAAUAUGUCCAAGAUACAGUGGAAAAGCUCUGCUACUGACUUCAUUCCGAGAACAACUGCACGAAAACACGCAAGUACAAAGUAAGUUACUCGCAGUGGCGGCGGAACAGUUGUUGUUUUAAAGGGGGGGAGAGCUAGCUUCCAUAAAUUGUCCAACAUAUAAAAACCAUUUUCCGGACUAACCGAUAUUUCCGAUUUCAUGUCUUAAAUUUUCUACAUUUGCCUAUAAUUUUUAUAUAUAAACUUCAAAAUUCAGUUUAAUCCUCAGUAUCCAUUUUUGAAUUGCGUGCGCCAUAUGCCUAUGAUGAAACCGCAAUCGCCGUGAAAUAAAAUUCUUAAUAUCGUAUUAUGAAUCCAAAGAAUAUGCUUGAAAAGGAGACAUAUCAAAGAAAUUUGAUAAGAACAGUUCUGUUUAACUUAAACAAGAAACGUACAAAUCUUAUUCUUGUUCAUCAUACAUUAGCUACUUCACUCUUUAUGAGGGAUAUUAAUUUUUAUUUUCAACAACAAUAUUCGGCGCCUUCAAGCUGACAAAGGCCAUAGAUUUUUUCCUUACUCAGUGCAAGGUCUGGAAAAGUCGAGAUCUUAUAAUUUUCAGCUCUCGGCUAGUAAUGGUUUUAUAGACCUCCGAAUUGACCGAUGAUUUUCUAUACAGCAAUAAAAUCUGAAAAAAUAUUUCUUAAUUAACUGUCUUUUUCUUUUUCGUGUGUAGGUUUAACUAUAUGGCUACAUACGUUCAUAAGAUGGCUGGCUUUGGUUUUCUAAUUUUAUUUGGUUUCAGUUGUUUGUUGUUUCCAUGUGAAGGUAUAUAUUCUUACACGAUGGUGUAACUACAUACAACAUCUUAUAAAAUGCCUCUCAUGCAGUUGAGAGCUUUAUAAGACUUUAAUUUCAAUUAUUAGAAAUUGCUACCCCCUAAAAAAUCAUGCACUUUCUGAUGUUUUUAUACUUUACUUGUUUCGUUCACUUUACUCGCCAGACACUCAAAACAGUCACAAAUCAAGUCAAAUUGAAUUGUAUAUCUCUGCAUGUAAAUGUUUUAAAUUGUAUUCUUCAUUUCGUACUUUUCUUUGCAAAGAUCAAUCGGAAUGACUUGACGUUUUACGAUUUGUUCGUUUUAAUGUUCCCCAACAUUAUUGUAUAAAUGAAUUGAAUGGGAACAAGAAUAUAGAAGUAAUUGGGUUUUUAGCAAGUCUAUAUAUCUAGUAUAAUAGCCAUAUGUAAUUGUUGAGUGAACACGUACUCCCCCCGCCACCGCCUAUCUGUCAGUUAUACCAAAACAAAAUUGGAAAAUUUGUGUGUUGUUUAUAGGAAAAGUCUUUCCACCAUCUGAUGGAACCAGCUUGGUAUUUGCACGUGGAUCAACUGAGAGAAUAGUGUGGUCAUAUGAUGAUGAAAUAGAAGCGUUGAGUCGUCGGAUUUGGAGUUUCGAAUCAAGUGAUGGUAAA